AUGACGCGAGACUACCCGCACCUACGUCGCGCACGGAGAGACGUCAACAAUCUCGGUCUAGAAAUAAGGAUGGCAGAAGACGAGAUCAGAGUAGAUCUCGUGAGCGGAAAACUAGAGAAGGCACCCGAGACACUUGGCGAGAAGGUGAAAGGGAUCCGCGUGCAGCUGCAAGAGAUAGGGACAGGAGCAGAAGUCGGGACAGAGAUUAUACGCGACGUGGUCAGUAUAUCUUGUGGGUUUAACCCUCAAUGGUUUUCUCGUUUCUCAAGCGCCACAUUAUUAACCCAAUUGCAUGCACUAGACUACCACUCGAAAUCUAGUCGAUAUCACGAGCGGUCAAGAUCUCGAUCCCGCUCCCCUACUCGACAUAACACAAAAAUUAGGACACGAUCACCUCCCCGGCGCGGCUCCAAACCUGAUCGGCGGGACAUUGGAAGUCGCAGCGUACCACCCGAUGACGAUAAAGGGCCUAAUGGAUCGACCGGUCGGCAAGGGCAUUCGUCGAUAUCCAAAGGUACUGAUGGCAUAGAGCUGGAUAUGGACCUGGAGAAUGGAGAGGUGGAUAGUUUGAUAUUUAAAACAAUGGGGUUCAAAUCCUUCCGGUCUACCCAAAAUACGAAAGUUCCCGGCAACCAGAUAUAUGGAGUUCGAAAGGAGAAGAAGACGGAGUACAGACAGUAUAUGAACCGUGUGGGCGGUUUCAACAGACCACUAAGCCCUUCGAGAUGA